AUGUCUAAUAAGGAGUUAGAGAAGGAAGAAGAAGUUGAGGUUGUUGAGAAAGAAUAUGAAGUUGAGGAAGGUGAUGAAGAAGAGAAUAUGGAAAGAGAUCAGCCACAAGUCCAAGUUAGUGAUAAAGCUCCGUUUCCAUCAUCUCCACCAACCUAUGUACCUCUGGUUCCCUAUCCUCGAUGGUUAGGGGAAAAAAAAUUGAGUGACAAGUUCACUACAUUCCUCAAUGUGAUGAAGAGCCUUCAAAUCAACAUUCUAUUCCUUAAGGCUAUGUCUCAAAUGGCGGCCUAUGCUAAAUUUUUGAAGGAGAUCCUCUCUUACAAAUGGAAGCUUAAAGAUGAGCUUAUCACUUUUCCCUACCAAGUGAGUGCUCUUAAGCAACGUGCUAUGCCUAAGAAUCAAAGAGACCCUGGGAGUUUUACCUUGCCGGUGAAGAUAGGUGAUCUAGAGCCUAAGGGUGCAUUGGCCGACUUAGGAGCGAGUGUAAGUUUGAUGCCACUGUCUAUUGCUAAACACCUUAACUUUCCUCUUAAUCCGAUGUGGAAAAUGAUUCAAUUGGCGGACCACACUUUGAGAGUCCCCCAUGGUGAGUGGGAGGAUGUCCCAAUCCAAGUUGGGCAUGCGUUUGUGCCCUGUGAUUUUGUGGUGAUGGAUAUGGAGGAAGAUUCGAAGACUCCUCUUAUUCUUGGAAGAGAGGCUCUAAAGACAUUGGGUGUCGUGAUAAACUGCAGAAAUGAUACGAUCACGGUUAAGGUAGCCAAUGAGCGGGUUGUAUUUGAGUUCUCUAAGACUUUGAAGAGGCCUAUGAUUGAGAGAAUUUGCCGGGUCAGUCUAGUGGAGAAUGAGAUAGAGGAUGUUGCAUUGCGAGUGUGGUUCACACUGGGGAUGAGUUGUAUGCUUCUCUUACGGAAGCCCCGAGUUUGGACAUGGAAGAGGUGA